AUGCAAUCCAUUGGCCCCAGGAGGGCCUCCCAGAGCCUUCUGGGUAAGUUGUCUCAAUGUUGUCGGGCUUCCUCUGUAUCAUCGUCACAUUCAAAACUCGCUCGCCCUCUCCCCCUGGAAACGCCCAUUCGGUGUAAUAGUACACAGUCUACCGCUCAGCAGCCUGGUUUCGCAGACCGCGUGCAAGAAGUCCAGGCCGCUGUACAAAACGCGUAUCCGCGGUUAGAGAAUAGUCCCAACAGGCUCGGCGUGGAGGAAUUUCGCCGGCGAUACGACUAUCUUGAGCCCAAUCAGGUAGUAGAGGAGGACAAAGUUGUGGUCCAGGGCAGAAUACGAACAUACAGGCUGGCUGGCAGCAAAUUGAUAUUCUUUGAUAUCGUCCAAAAUGAUCACAAACUACAGGCCAUGUGCAACAUGCGUUUGUUGGCCGAUGUAACACCUCAGAAAUUUAAGCAACUAUAUCGUCUACUGCGUCGCGGAGAUGCCUUCUCUAUCACAGGAAAACCGCAUCGAACCGGACGAGGCGAGCUCACAGUGCAAGUCACUGAGCUCCCAACCCUUUUAUCCCCUUCUUUACACGAUAUCCCCGUGGACACCAAAGAGCAUGGCACCGAUGCAUACCCUCGCCAUGUCCAGUUUCUCGCCGACAAGCCAACGUCGGACACCUUGCGAAUCCGGUCAGCAAUUGUCCAAUACAUCCGCCAGUUUUUUGUUGGGCGUGAUUUUAUGGAGGUCAACACUCCUAUCAUGGCAGGCGAAGCAGGAGGCGCAACUGCCCGGCCCUUUGUUACUGCUGCAAACGAGUUCCCAGAUAAGCCACUUUACCUGAGGAUAGCCCCCGAGCUAUGGUUGAAGAGGUUGGUUAUAGGUGGAUUCGAUCGAGUUUUUGAGAUUGGGCCAUCCUUUCGGAAUGAAGGUAUUGACAAAACUCACAACCCCGAAUUCACGACCUGCGAAUUCUACAUGGCCUACGCAAACCUGGAGGAUGUCAUCUCCAUGACUGAGAGACUAUUCUCAGGCCUCGCCGCGCAUGUGUCGCAAUGCAAAGAGCGCAUAGAAUCAAAUAUACCAGACCCAAGCCUCAAAUUCACCACCCCUUUUCGCCGCAUAGAUUUUAUUCCGGAUCUGGAAGCUGCCAUGAAUCGGACACUACCAGACUUGUCCACGGCCACUGCAGAGGAAGACGUGAAGAAGCUUUUCGAGGAGCUCUCCAUCCCUCUACCGGAGCUUCCUACCUUGCCUCGCUUGAUGGACAAGCUCUGCUCAACCUAUCUCGAGCCGCAAUGUCACGAGCCUACAUUCAUAAUGCACCCCCCCGAAUGCCUUUCGCCGCUCUCAAAAUCCUUUAUACACCCAGCCACGCAGAAUAGGCAGCGCGUUGCUGCUCGAUGCGAGCUCUUCAUUCAAGGCAGUGAGUAUGUGAAUGCGUACGAGGAGGAGAACUCCCCGUGGGAGCAGCGGCGGAAGUUUGAGCAGCAGGCAGUCUUCAACCAGCAGACAAAAGAGUCCGGGGGCGUCGACGAAAGCUAUCUGCAGGCCAUGGAAUGGGGUCUGCCGCCUACUGGAGGAUGGGGGUGUGGUAUUGACAGGCUUGCGAUGCUCUUUACGGACUCGAGACGGAUUGGUGAUGUUUUGCCUUUUAGGAGCUUGAGGGCUGUUUCGAGUUGA